CAUCAUCAUCAUUAAAAUUCACUAUAUAAUUUUCGGUUGGUUACCAUCAAAAACAAAAACCAAACCGAAAAGAAACGCCGUUUUUUUCAAGCUAUAUUUAGCUAACGACAACAACCAUCACCGUUCAGCAAGAAAAAAAAAUCUUGAUUCAAUCAUCAUCCUGUUUUGUGGCGGUGUGGUUGGUGGUGUAUCAAAGCCGCUUUCAAGUUCGAGGAUAACCAACAACAAAAAAAAAGAAAGAAAAGAAACCACGUGUUUUCGGUUCGGUUCAUCAUCAUCAUUGGCUUUUCAUUAUUUUUCCUAAUUUUGAUUUUUUUGGAAUUUUUUCCGUGUGAAACACGAUGGUAUUCAAAGAUGAUGAUGUUGUUACAAUGGUGAAUGAUUAUCAUCAUUACGGUGAUAAUAAUGAUGAUGAUGAAGGUAGUGGUGGUGGUGGUGGUGGUGGACAACAACAAAUCGAAAUGAUUGAUAAUAAAAUCGAUUAUGUCGACGACGACGACGAUGAUGAAAAUAAAUCCAUUAUAGCUAAUGCUUUAAAUGGUGAUCCAUCAUCAUCAUCAUUUUAUAAAAUAAUCAAAAUGGAUAAUGAAAAACAAACAAAUAAUAAAGAAGAUGAUUCAUUGAAAAAAAUACCUGUUGUUGAUCAUUAUAAUUUAGUUUAUAUAAUAUUAUUAUUACAUGGUAUUGCCGUAUUGAUGCCAUGGAAUAUGUUUAUCAAUGCUAAAGAGUAUUUUACCGAUUAUAAAUUAACAAUUCAUCAGGAAAAUGGUACAAUUAUUGAAUCAAAAUAUAAAGAAUAUUUUCUUAGUAAUUUAGGCAUUGCAUCACAAGUGCCAAAUGUAUUAUUUAAUAUUUUCAAUAUUUUCUUUCAAUUUGGAAACUCAAAUAAUGAUACCGAUGGUUAUACAUUAAGAAUAUUAAUAGCCAUUUCAAUUGAAUUAAUAUUCAUCAUAUUAACCGUAUUAUUAGCAUGGAUCGAUACAGCCAAUUGGAUGACAGGAUUUUUCUAUUUAACAAUGGCAACAGUUAUCAUUUUAAAUAUGGUAAAUGCUAUAUAUCAAAAUUCAUUUUAUGGUCUUGGUUCACGUUUACCGAUGAAAUAUACAAAUGCAAUUGUAACCGGUACAAAUGUUUGUGGAACAUUUACAUCAUUAAUGAAUAUUGCCACCAUUGCUUUAUCACCAAAUAAACGUAUUGCAGCUAUUUAUUUUUUUACAUCCGCUAUUGUUGUCCUAUUGAUUGCAUUCAUAUCGUUUAUUUUUUUAAAGAAAAAUAAAUUUUUCCUAUAUUAUUUACAAAAUACGCAUCUUAAAGAGUCAACAACAACAACGACAGGAACAACAACAACAAUAGAUGGUACAACCGAUAUUGAAAUGAAAACUAAAACAGAAAAUCAAAAUCUUUUAUCGGAUACUACUACUAAUGGUUCAUUGAAUAAGGAUUUAGAAUCGCAUGCAAAAAUUAAUGAACAAAAAUCUAAAUCAGAACGACCACCAUAUCUUUAUGUAUAUCGUUAUGUUUGGAAACAAUGUUUAAAUGUUUUUCUAUUGUUUUUUGUUACGCUUGCUAUUUUUCCGGUAAUACCAUCUGAUGUUCGUCCACUAAAUCCGGAAUUAUUUGGUUCAAAAGAAAAGACCGAUCAAUAUUAUGUUGCUAUUGCAUGUUUUCUUCUAUUCAAUUUUUUUGCAUUGCUUGGUAAUUUGGUACCAAAUUUUGUUAGAUUUCCUGGUCCAGAUCGUUUAUGGAUACCAAUAGUAUCAAGAGUUUUAUUUAUACCAUUUUUUAUGCUUAGUAAUUAUGCACCGGAUCGACGAAAAUGGCCAGUAUUUAUACAAUCAGAUUUACUAUAUCUAUUUGGUAGUAUUUUAAUGGCAUUUAGUUCCGGUUAUUAUAGUUCAUUAUGUAUGAUGUAUGCACCACAAUCAGCACCGGAUCCAAAAUAUGCCGGUACAGCCGGUAUGAUGGCCGCUGCUUCAUUAAUAUUAGGUAUAUUUACUGGUGUAAAUUUUUCAACAAUACUUGCAUGGUCAGUUCGACAAUAAUUCUAUAAUUUGACAUUAUUAUUAUUUUUUUAAAACAACAAAUUUUUUUUAAUCGAUGAUUUAAUUAAUAAUUAAU